AAUAAAAAAUAAAAUAAAUAAAUAUAGUGGGGAUGGGAUGGAUCCAGUUGAGAGGAGUGGGGAGAGAGGGAAGAAAGAGGUCUCUGCUGCAGUAUCUACUGAUCUUCUUCUUCGAAUAACAUCUCAACAAAAACAUGGACAAAGGAAAAGGAGUGAUGGGUUCCGGCCGUAGAUGGGCUGUCGAUUUCACUGACAAUUCAACAGCUCCUUCUUCUCGGGACUUUCCCGAUCCUCCUGGUUUCUCUCGCGCUUCGCAAGAUCAGGACGAUUCAACUGUAACUAAGCAAAAAAAGGAUGCUGAAGCUAAUUGGAAAGUUCAGAAAGCUUGGGAAGUGGCACAAGCACCUUUCAAGAAUUUACUGAUGAUGGGAUUCAUGAUGUGGAUGGCUGGAAACACAGUGCAUCUUUUUAGCAUUGGUAUUACAUUUUCAGCUCUUUGGCAGCCAAUAAGUGCUCUUCAAGGGGUUGGGAAGGUUUUUGAGCCAUACAAAGACAGUAAAGUAGAUCUUCUUGGGCCCAAGUUGCUGUUUAUUGCCCUUAAUCUGGGGGGUUUGGCGCUGGGUAUUUGGAAACUUAACACACUGGGGCUCCUUCCAACUCAUGCAUCAGACUGGGUCUCAUCCUUGCCUCCUGCUCAGGAGGUUGAAUAUUCAGGUGGUGGCAUCCCCCUGCAUUAAUGUGGUUCCUCUUGCAGUUGACUAUCAAGGCGCAAAAGAAUAGACAGAAAACGCGCUAUUCUUGGUCGAUGGCCUGUUUCGUGCGGGUGCAAUCACCAUGGACAAUUUAGCUUCCAGAUUGUUUAUGUAAGAUGACAUGGUUGAGAAGCUUUUUGAUUUGUUCUACUCCAUAGGCUUUGAUUUUAUGUAGAAUUCGUUACUCCCUCUUCUCCUGCUCUUCUGUCAUAUUUUUUCUUGUUGAAUAACUGAUAUGAACACCAUAUUUCUUUCUUUCAUAAACCCAGAUCUGCAGUAGUGCUUGUAUUAAUCUGAUGAUAAGUUUAUCUUGGAAACAUUCUAAUCGUUCAUUA